UCUCUCUCUAAAGAGAAAAAGUUUUCCUCACUGGGUGACCACAUAGUAACAGAUCUCCCCUUUCGUCUUUUCAAAUGCCUCAACGACAAACGAAAUUUCUGAUUUAAACCGGCAACUCUAAAAUGAUCGUCUGCGUUGCCGUCGUCGGCCACCAGAAUAAUCCAUUGUAUUUGCAAAGCUUCACUGAAGCUGAUGAUGCCCUAAAACUUCAUCAUAUUGUUCACUGUUCUUUGGAUGUUAUUGAUGAACGAGUGAACAAUCCAAAAAAAAUUGGUUCAAUGUUGAAUGAGACUUUUCUUGGUCUUCUUUAUCCAACAGAAAAUUACAAAGUGUAUGGAUAUCUGACUAAUACAAAGGUGAAGUUUAUUCUGGUCACAAGAGAUCUAGAUGUCAGAGAUGCGGAUGUGAGAAAUUUUUUCAGAAGGUUCCACACUGCAUACGUUGAUGCAGUUUCAAACCCGUUUCACGAACCAGGGAAGAAAAUAACCUCGAGGAUUUUUGCUCAAAGAGUCAGUACCAUCGUCAAGUCCUUUGGGUUGGGUGCAGCUGUGUAAGUAAGAGCAGACCUUCUUGGAGGCCUUUACUUGAAACUGGUGAAGAUUUUCUGUCAUUGCACUUCAUUCCCUGCAUUUGUACUUGGCCACUUUCAUUUUGUAUAAAGCAGAACUUGAAACAGAGUUUACAUUUCCUGAAUGCAAUUACCUGAAUUUUAAUUGAUUAAACAAUCUUAUAACAGUAGAUAUCAUUUCGUGAUUGAAGUAUAAG